UGUACAGCACUGAAUGUUCUGCACUUCAGCGAAGAGCUCCCGCAUUCUACUUUUACGUCCGAUGAUGUUUGUGACUAAUUAAAAUUUAAAUAUUUUUCUCAAUUAAAUUUUUUUCUCAAGCUCAACAUGGUCAGCCACAAUUUCUUCAGUAUUUUUCUGCCAGUAUUUUACUUUAUUACUUGCGUAUCUUCGACAAAUAAGAUCAAUUUUCGGGAAAAAGAGAAAGAGGUUCUGGACAAAAUUUUGGGACCUGGACGGUACGAUGCCAGAAUAAGGCCGUCUGGAGUAAAUGGAACAGGCGAUAACCCAACCGUAGUUAGGAUCAACAUCUUCUUGCGAUCUAUCAGCAAAAUUGACGAUUAUAAAAUGGAAUAUUCCGUUCAAUUGACGUUUCGUGAGCAGUGGCUCGAUGAGCGACUCAAAUUUAACGACUUCCAUGGACGGCUAAAAUAUCUCACCCUGACGGAAGCAAACAGGGUCUGGAUGCCUGACCUUUUCUUUUCCAAUGAGAAGGAGGGCCACACUCAUAACAUUAUCAUGCCUAAUGUCUACAUCCGUAUUUUUCCAUACGGUUCAGUUCUGUAUAGUAUUCGAAUAUCGUUGACUCUAUCGUGCCCAAUGAACUUAAAGCUUUACCCUUUGGACAGGCAGAUUUGCUCGUUGAGAAUGGCUAGCUAUGGAUGGACUACUGACGACUUGGUUUUCCUAUGGAAAGAGGGCGACCCAGUACAAGUUGUAAAAAACUUACACCUACCUAGGUUUACAUUAGAGAAAUUUCUUACUGACUACUGUAACAGCAAAACGAAUACAGGAGAAUACAGUUGUUUGAAAGUGGAUUUGCUGUUCAAAAGAGAGUUCAGUUACUAUUUGAUCCAGAUCUACAUACCCUGUUGCAUGCUGGUCAUCGUCUCUUGGGUGUCUUUUUGGCUGGACCAAGGAGCUGUGCCUGCAAGAGUGUCUCUGGGUGUGACUACUUUGCUGACGAUGGCAACGCAAACGUCCGGAAUAAACGCUUCUCUUCCGCCAGUGUCGUACACCAAAGCUAUCGACGUAUGGACAGGGGUAUGUUUGACGUUUGUCUUUGGGGCUUUGCUUGAAUUCGCUUUAGUUAACUACGCCUCGAGGUCCGAUAUGCACCGUGAAAAUAUGAAAAAGCAACGAAGACAGUGCGAGCUCGAACAUGCCGCUUCUUUAGACGCUACUUCCGAUUUGAUCGAUACCGAAAGCAAUGCAACUUUUGCCAUGGUAAGAAAUGCCACUGUUCAAAAUCACAUUCAGGCUAAUAACCGUUCUCCUUUGCUUCAGAAACCUCUCGUACGGCAUCCGGGUGAUCCGAUGAGUUUAGAAAAGGCUCGCCACUGCGAGGUUCACAUGCAACCAAGACCCAACUGCUGCCGGUCUUGGUUGUCUAAAUUUCCGACAAGGUCUAAACGCAUCGAUGUCAUUUCCAGAAUCACCUUUCCUCUGGUGUUCGCUCUCUUUAAUGUUAUUUACUGGUCGACCUACCUGUUUAGGGAGGAGGCCGAGGAGUCUUAAGUUGGUUGUCGAGUUUUCUCGGGCUUAUUACACAUACAGUGGGAAUCCUAUUUGUGAUGUGGACUUAAUGGAAAUCAAAUUGUUAUCCUUGCUUUCGGAAGUUGCAUAUUCUCCAUUGUUGUUAACCCGUCGUUUCAACGUACUUGUUGCAGUUGUUCUGGAAAUAGUUUUUAAGCAAUAAUAAAGGUUGUUUAGUCUUUGCUCAAAUAUAUCUUGCACAGUUCGCAAUAAUCACUUUUUUCGUUCCUUGUUCCAUCCAUUUAAAGAAGAAAAAAAACGUAGAAUAUACUGAACAUCAAUUUUUCUCUAUUUUUUUUUGUUUUUCACAGAUCAAAAUAUAUUUUUCUGAAUCGAGAGUAAUUUCUCUUACUAAAAACAUUUUUCAUGUACGUAUUUAUGUGUAAAUUAAUUCGUAUUUUAUCUAAUUAAUAUAAGCGUAUAGAUAAUUAAAGGCAAGAAAAUAGACUGUGUACUUAUGGAAUAAUUAUAUACGUAAUAAAUAAUAUUUGCUCUUUGCGACAUGAACAUGUACAUUUUCCUUUUAUGUAUAUAUAGAGUUGAGAUUUCUGUGCUCUUGAAUUCAGAAAUAUAUUUUGAUCAGUGUUAUAAUAUGAGCCCUCGCAAUUUUGAUUUAUUGAAAUUGAACGCUUUUGGUGCCAAAACUGGAUACAACAAGUAUAUAUACAUGUAUUUUAAAAGUAAUUGUAAAAAAGUGUAUCGUAAUAAGUAUUAUUCUGUAAAUAACUCAACGUAAGUUUCGCCAGAAAUCGAGAGAUGUACUUCUAGCACAAAAUAUUACUUCAACUCUUAACUCUAUCAAGACUUAGAUUUUGUAGGAUUGUAAAUUAUUCCUGCUCUUGCAGACUAAAUGUUUUCGAGAGUAUAUUUCUGCUCAAUAUAUUAGCCUCUCUUAAGGUCUAUAUCAGAAAUUAAAUUCUUUUUCUUUUUUUUUUGAGAACUUGAAUAUUACAUAGUGCCAGUACACCAAUGAAUAGUAUACCCAAAUGACUCUGAGAGGAAAACAUUCCAAAAUGUGAUAUAUUUAUAUCUAGAAGUUAACAAAAGCGUGCAAUAUGCAACUUUUCCGAUGUAAUUUGAGUUUUAUUCAAUUUAAUCAGAGAGUAUCCUAGAUAAAUCAGUAAAGUAUCCAAUCCAGGAAUUUUGAAAUUCUAUAUUUUUCGACAUUCCUCGGAGACCUCUUUGAUUUUUAAUUGUUACUCUAGCAUAUUGUUUAAGAAAACCAAUUUUAAACGUUUUUUAGAGUUUUUAGUAUCGAAAAAGGAUUUUUUCCUCAUUUUUAUAUAUAGUACACUGUAAUAAUAUAUUUUGGCUAGAUAAUACUGUUAUCUAUUUCUGUCUGUCUGUCUCGUAUAUAUAUGUAAUGUGAAAUGAAUGUUUUCUAAAAAUCUGGAUGUCUUUAGGGCUUUUACCCCGCUGUUAAAGAUCCUUUUUUAUCAUUGUCACGUAUACAUACGAGAAAAGCCUCAAUGUAUUCUGAAAAUAUCAAAUUUCUAAAAGAUUGUUAAAUAUAGCUAAUCUAAUUUGAUUUGACUUUGUAUUAUUGUGGUCACUAACCCUCGAAAUCUAAUAUUUGUACAACAGUAUUUGAUCAAUGAUGUAUUAUUAGCAGACAUAAAAUUGCGAGGUUUAUCGCUGAGUUGCUUUUUAUACAGGGUGACAAGAAUUAGACGACUCAUUUAACUGAAAUAAUAUACCCAAACUAUUUUUAUAUUGUAGUCAAUACAUUUGUAGUAAAAUGAAGAAGUUUGAAUGAUUUUGUACAUACUAUUUGUAGGAAUUAGGUAAAUGACUUUUUAUUAAGACACUUUGAUAUGUAUAAGAGUUUCUU